AUGGUUGGAGCAUUAAUCGCUCCUAGUCCCACCAGUGCCAUUCGCUACUUGGCCACCAAAUGCAUUAAUUACCACAGGGCUGGCGGCUGGUUCAUGCCGUGGGGAUCAAAUCGAUGCCAGCAGAUCCACAGUUUUGAUGAGCCUCUGGCAAAAAAACUGGAUGCCAACAACAUUGUUUUUGCGGUGCACAUACCUCUUCCCAACACAGAGAUGAGCCCCUGGUUUCAGUAUAUGCUGGCAGUUUUACAGUUCGACAUUGCGUUCAAAAUGAACAAUCAAAUUGGUAAUAAACCAAAUCAUGCCCCUCUGUGUGUAGAAGAUGACGUUACCAUCACUAUUGAUGCUGGCCUGGCAUACAGGGAUGAUUUGAUAUCUGAGUGGACCGCAAAGUGUCACUCAGUAGAGCAAAGGCCACUUAGGUGCAUAUUUGCAUUCCCUAAGAUGUAUGAAAAUGAAGGCCGCUUUUAUCACUGUGAACCCAUACCAUUCAUGGAACUGGGAAGUGUGGCUCACAAAUAUUUUUUGAUUAACCUGCGCUUGCCAGUGAAUAACACGGUGAACGUUGGCAUUGGAGAAAUAAAGGACAUCCAAAUAGUAGGCAUCCACCAGAAUGGAGGCUUCACUAAAGUGUGGAUAAGCAUGAAGACGGUCUUCAGUCCCUGGAUAUUUGGGGCAACAGUUUGGUACUGGCGCAGGAUCAGCCUCAUGGCAAGACCUCCAGUCCUGUUGGAAAAGGUGAUUUUUGUUCUGGGUACCUCUAUGACAUUCCUGAACAUGCCGGUCGAGUGGCUCUCCCUGGGUUUUGAGUGGACGUGGAUGCUGCUGUUUGAAGAUAUUCAACAGGGCGUCUUCUACUCCACGCUCUUCUGUUUCUGGAUCAUAUUCUGUGGUGAACACCUCAUGGUUAGCGCCUUGUACUUGUUUCUUAAGCGUUCAUUUCUCCACACUUUCCUGAAAGUUAUGCAGUUUAUUUCAACAAUUCCUUUAGGAACAAAGUCAGAGGAAUCGGCUGUCAGCGUACUGGUGGCAGGUUGGGCUGAUAGUGUUCGGCUCAUCUGUUCUCCUCAUUUUGACCUGAGUGAAAGGUAA